AGUGGAUGAUGUGUUAAAUUGCAGGCUACCUCCUCUGUUCUUUGGAUAAUUAUAGGAUUUAUGGCCACAGCCAUGGCCUCAAUGGUUGACAUGACAUUUUGAGCUUGGAUGGGGAGGUGGAAUUGAUUUUUAAGUUGGUGGCUGUACAAGGCAGUGUGUUGCAGUGUGGAUGUAAUGGUGUGUGAUGGCAAAGAGAGGGAGGGGUGCACUGGGAAAAAGGGAGGGAGUGCAAGAGAGAGAUAGGGAGACAUAUGUGGACGACUAGAGCGCCUCUGGAGAAAGACAUUCAUUUGUGAUUCUGGGUUGAUUGCACCUGCUACCACGCGAGAGUGAGAGCUGCCUUUUGCAAGUGAUGGCAUCUUGUUUUGUGCCUCUGGAGUUCAACUGAGUUGUGGCCACAGGACUUAAACACAAUGGAGAACAACACAACCGUCUUUCGGGAAGUCACUCAAGUUGUAAAUCGGACAGAAAUACCUCUGAACCCUCUUGAAGAGCAGGCCAUUACAAUAUUUUUGACAUUGCUCAUCUGUGUAGUAGGGAUUGCUGGGAACAUCAUGGUGGUGCUGGUUGUGCUGCGCACCAAACACAUGGUGACCCCGACUAACUGCUACCUCGUCAGUCUGGCUGUCGCAGACCUCAUCGUGCUCCUGGCUGCAGGGCUGCCUAACAUCUCUGAUGUUGUAGCCUUCUGGAUAUAUGGAUACACAGGAUGCUUGUGUAUAACUUAUCUUCAGUACCUGGGCAUCAACGUGUCGUCCUGCUCCAUCACGGCCUUCACCAUCGAACGAUACAUCGCAAUUUGUCACUCCAUAAAGGCUCAAUUCAUAUGCACCGUUUCCCGGGCCAAGAGGAUCAUAGCUGCGGUCUGGGUCUUCACCUCGCUCUACUGCAUUAUGUGGUUCUUCUUAGUGGACACGGAAGAAACCGUCUACACCAACGGAGUGGUGGUAACUUGUGGUUACCGUGUCUCCAGGAGCUUGUACAUGCCAAUCUAUUUCUUGGACUUCACUUUGUUCUAUGUGAUCCCCCUUAUUGUGGCCAUGGUGCUGUACGGGCUCAUCGCCAGGAUUUUGUUCAUGAGCCCCCUGCCCUCGCAUUUGAACGACAGAGCCGGAGGAAGCUCGGUUCACCAGGGUCACUCCAACACCACUAGCAAGGCCAACAAGGGUGCGGUCUCUGCAAGGAAACAGAUAACAAAGAUGCUGGCUGUGGUGGUCAUCCUCUUCGCCUUGCUUUGGAUGCCUUACCGAACACUGGUGGUGGUCAACUCCUUUAUCGACCCGCCUUACCACAACACCUGGUUCCUGCUCUUCUGCCGUAUGUGCAUCUACACCAACAGUGCCGUCAACCCCAUCAUUUACAACCUCAUGUCUCAGAAGUUUCGCGUCGCAUUCAAAAAGCUCUGCAAGUGCAACUGGCGACACAAGGAGAAGGCGGCAGAGUACAAUGUGCCAAUGUAUUACAGCGUGAUAAAGGAUUCUUCCCAUGAGAGCAAUGACCUGGUCACAGAGCAGGAGGAAGUGAGUCAAACCAACAAAAGGCUCAACCAAACCGAUGAUGACGCAAGCACUCUCAGUAUUUCUUAAUAAAGGCUUUGAUGAGUUUGUUGGCUCUAUUCUAUUAGGAUCAGGGCAUUAUUUGUGUUUAAGAUUGCUGUCAGUUCCACCUGUAAGAAAAAUGAUUUACUGACGCUGAGAUCUGUAGACAUUUUAGUUUUUGCAGUGAGACAGGUUGAAUUUGUGGUGUAGUAAACUAGUUGUGGUACUUUUGCAUCAGUAUUGUAACUGUGUUGUAAACACAGCAUGUGAGACCAUGCUUUCGUGUGUUUCACACUGCUUAGUGGGACAUAAAGUGCAUCAUAAUGUGCAUUGCCAUUGCACAAAAAUGACUCACUAUUUUAAUGCACAUAAAAAUAGAAUGACUAGGAAAGAUGGACAUUGUGACAUGUUAGAUGCAUUUUUGUACAUAUUUAGAAUUUUGAGACUAUGUCCAGACGUUAUGUUAACUCGUUUUGACUAGUACCAAUACUUGUUACGUAUGUGCAACACUGACCUAUAACAUUAUCAGCAUAAUGCAUCUCUUGAUGACAAUUGCACUUGUCCUUUUCAUUGUGACACUCUCUGGCUGAAGUGUACUCAAAUAGACCACACUUUUUGACAGCACUUAUGAACACAGUCCAGAUUUUGCCUUCUUUUUUUUAAACCCCACUUAAUAUUAACAAUUCAGACAACAACAACAGAGAGGGAGAGAGAGAGAGUUUUCACUGUGAUGUAUGUUUCUGUCUGUGGCCCUGAAUGCAUCACAUCCAACCUGUAUCUACCAAACUAUUUUGGUAUUUAAUCAAAAAGGUUAAUUGGUGAACGUCAUCUCGCGACGUUAACCUGCCACGCUAUCAUCAACACUUUGGUGGAAAUACCUCAACAACUGUUGUAUUGACUUUCAUGAAAUUUUGGACUAAUAUUCUUUGUUCCCAGAUGAUGACAGGCUUUGGUGAUCUGACUUUUUCUCUAGCACCACCACAAGUCCAUGAGGUUGACAUUUGUGGUUUGGAGUGAUGUUGUCUUGACAACUGUAUUGGCUGGCAUAAACAUUAGUUCAGACAUUCAUGUUCCUCUCACAAUGAAUUGGCAAAUGUAAGGAUGCUAACAUGCUAAACGUAGAUGUUGAACAUGGUAGGUUACACUUUAUGCCUGCUAAACAUCAGAAUUGUUAACAUGUUAGCAUGCUGACGUUAGCAUUUUAGCUCAAAGUAUCACUGUGCCUAUAAGUACAGCUUCACUUAGUCUUAUUUAUUUAUUUAUUCAUUCAUAAGCAUCAUGAUCAUACUGUAUAUAAGUCAACAGUAUAGCUAACCAUCUUCUACAGACAGCUGUAGGCUGGCAUGGUUUUAUUUGGAAGGUCAGCUAGGCUAAGUAAACACUAGCCUCUACACAGCCAUGCUCCACUUACACAGGUGUUUUCACUCAUCUUGCCCGAUUAGACCGCAUCUCAGACCUGUGUGGGCGUGUACAGACUGUUUGAUUGGCAUCUUCUUCACUCUCCUGUUCGAGUGGUUACACCUGUUAGUGAGGGAGCAUUUCAAAUCUUUCCUUGUAAUUGUUAUAAUUAUUCGGGCAUUUACUGCUGACAGUAGAAAGAUGACAGCAGGAAAUGAGUGGAGAGAGACAUGAGGAACGACAUGCAACAAAGGUCCAGACACAAACGGAGGACGAUGGGAUUUAUGGUUGUCACCUUGACUCUUUAUAAUUAAUAAAGUUUGGCGUUUAUGCCCAGAAUAGCUCCAGCUAAUUUCACUAGAGUUGAUAUACCAAUUAUGCUCCUCUUUCACUCCUUUGAAAUUGUCACAGAAUUUACUUAUUCUGCAAUCCAAAAACUAAAAUGUAAACAAGCCCUCUGUCAGCCCUUCCACUGAGUUUAUUUCUGACUCCGAAGAAAUUCUGCGUUAUAGAAAAAAGUUUGUAUCAUUAGAUUUCCAGUCUGCCAAACUGUGAGGCAGGAGGUAAUAACCAUGGAAACAGAUCAGUUCCAAUUCAACACAUCGGCCAAGUCAGAGAAUGAAAAUAAAGUUGUCCUUUUGACGGGCAACAAAACUGACAGCAAGUGCAUUUUAGGAAAAAAAUGGGAUGUUGUUGCCAACGAGUUUGCUGUCCCCCUUGUCUUAUUGCUGUCGUCUUCAUCAUUACUGCAUGUCUCUGCAUCUCAACAUGCCCAUCUCUACAGACCUGUGUAUAAAUCCCUUUCACACUUGGCCAAUAUUAUCUAUUCUGUGUACUGUGCAUGUUUGAUCUUGUGUUUUUAAUAGGCUUUGUAGUUUCAUGUGGAUUAACAAAUCUUUUUAAAUAUAUAUUCUUAAAUGUAAAUGUAUACAUCUAAUAAAUGUGUACAUUGUCUUUAUUCAUUAGAGUUGUGUGUGUCGAA